UCCUGGCGCCCACUGAUGGGGGCGUGCCCGGGGCGGGGCCGGGCGGGAGCGAGCACGCCUGCGCGCCGCGCUGCCUUUUCACGUGUCCCGAGGCCGGAGUGCGGGUCUCGCCUUGCUGCGCUAGCGGACAGCGGAGUCUUGAGGUCCGGGGCAGCCGCCAUGGCAGGACAGGCAUUUAGGAAGUUUCUCCCGCUGUUUGACCGAGUAUUGGUUGAAAGGAGCGCAGCCGAAACUGUCACCAAGGGAGGCAUUAUGCUUCCAGAAAAAUCUCAAGGCAAAGUACUGCAGGCAACUGUGGUAGCUGUGGGAUCGGGCUCUAAGGGAAAGGAUUUCUAUAAUUGGCCUGAUGAAUCGUUUGAUGAAAUGGACAGUACACUUGCUGUUCAGCAGUAUAUUCAACAGAACAUAAGGGCAGAUUGCUCCAAUAUUGACAAAAUCCUUGAACCACCUGAAGGCCAAGACGAAGGUGUGUGGAAGUAUGAACACUUAAGGCAAUUCUGCCUUGAACUAAAUGGACUUGCUGUUAAACUUCAGAGCGAAUGCCAUCCAGAUACUUGUACUCAGAUGACAGCAACUGAACAAUGGAUUUUUCUUUGUGCUGCUCAUAAAACGCCUAAAGAGUGCCCGGCCAUAGACUACACCAGACACACGCUGGACGGUGCUGCCUGCCUUCUCAAUAGCAAUAAAUAUUUUCCCAGCAGGGUUAGCAUAAAAGAAUCAUCUGUAGCAAAACUAGGAUCCGUGUGUCGUAGGAUUUACAGAAUAUUUUCACAUGCUUAUUUCCAUCACCGGCAGAUAUUUGAUGAAUAUGAAAAUGAAACAUUUUUAUGUCAUCGGUUUACUAAAUUUGUGAUGAAAUAUAAUUUGAUGUCCAAGGAUAACUUGAUUGUACCAAUUUUAGAAGAAGAAGUUCAGAAUUCAGUUUCCGGGGAGAGUGAAGCAUGAAGGGAACGGGAGAGAUGCACAGCUCAUGUAAUUAACGUUAAUUAUGUACUGUACAUACAUCAUUUUAGACACAUCAAUCAUGUAUCCACAGUCCAGCUUCUUUGUUUAGGGUAGGGUUUGUAUGCUGUGCGUUACCUUUUAAGUGGGAAAUACUUAAGUUAUUCAUGAGCUGUAUAUUCACCGGUGUGGCACUCAUGGUUUUUAAAUAAGAUUAGUAUUAUCUGUUUAUAAUGCCUGUUAAUAAAAGAAUUUACAGUUUGGUAAAAUUGCUGCUAAACAAUCAUUGGAUCACAAUCCUCAUGUAAUAAAUGUAUCUGUAAAAAAGAUGAGUGAACUCAAGGUUUUGCACAAACCGUUUACUAAAGUGGUGGUAAGGUUUCCCCAAGCUUAGAUACAUUAGAAAGUUUUGUAGUGUGUAAUUCAUCUUAACUGUUAACUUUUCCAGAAUGAGAUAAAAGUGUUUUAAAAAUUUUGUUGAUGAUUUUUGAUACGCAUAUAUACCCAAAUAUAAAUGCAAAUGAGGCAUUAGCAAUUCUUCAAUAAUC